UACGUCAUUGCGCAAAGCAUAGUGGUGGUAACUAGAGGUUUUCUGCACUGCUUACGAAUCCUGACGAACCAUUGCCUGCUGUCAGAAUUAAUAGCAGUAUGGGUCGCAGUUAUAUCGUAGAAGAUGCUGUGGAGGGAUGUCUGUCUAAACUGUGUGAACAGAAAGCAGGUUCAGUCACAGGCCUGCUACUUGGACAGAGCUCACCCCAAAGGGACUUUGUCGUAAUGGCAACUCGGACGCCUCCUAGGGAGGAGACCCCUGCAGGAAACCCUGUGGACAAGGAGUGGGUGAGCGAGCACGCUCGACAGGUGUCUCGGAUGCUACCUGGAGGCCUCUCUGUACUGGGAGUAUUUAUCAUCACUGAUACUGAGGCAAAAGACACACUAACCACACUCCGACAGUUGGUCUUCGCGAUAGAGAGCCUGGUCUCCUCGGAGCAGCUGUGGAGCUCUGCAGAGGAUGACGUCUCAGACUGUGUCGCACUGCAUGUCAACCGCAAGACCAGGAAAACCUUCUGCAGAACCUUUGACGUCAAAGAUCCCAAGAGCACGGCCAAGCCUGCAGACUGGAGGUACCAGGCGGGGGUGUGCUCCUCCUGGAGCAUGGUGUCCUGCUGUCUACAUGUGGACAUGUUGGUGCCGCUACCAGACAACAAGACGGAUCCAGAAAACAUGGAUAAAUGUCUUAAGGAGGAGCUGAGAGGGUGGGCACAGCGGCUGGAGAGCGGAGUGUGUCUGAUGGAUGGGAGAAAGCUGGCAGAGGACGCAGAGCUCCCCGGAGGACAGGUU